CGCGCGCUGUCAGGUCAAGCCAGGCGUCACCUUGUGCGGGAGCUGGAAUCGCGAUCACGUGACCGUCACCACCAGGCGGGUUUUGCUCACGGAUGUCUAGAUGUCGCCGGCGCAAGCGUUUCCUCGCGUGGGCCUUGAAACCCUGGUUCAAGAAAGCCCGGUGAUGAGGAUAUUCCUAUUGCGCUCGCCACGAUCUCCACCAUCUUCCUAUCCGUGACCAGGUUCGUGUUCCACUUUACGGUGCAAGUAUGCUCGGACCCAGUGCGAUCGCUGUUGCGCGGACCGCCGGCGGGCUCAGACAAGCGUCUUCGUCUGUAUUCAACGCCGCAUCCAAGCCGAUUCUCAGGCAAGAAGCAUCCCUCCCGUUUCGGAGGCGCGACUCCACAUCGGCUCUGCGCAGCCUUUCCAGCACGUCGCUUUCCUCUGCUUCGGUCUCUGCUCCUUCACUUUCAGAAGUGUUGGAUGCUUCGCCCCUUGCGUCCAAUUCGAACGGGACCACGCCUGCUCAGAGAGCUAGAGAGGCGAAUUUGAGCCCGCAAGAGAGACGCACUUUGUUGGAACAGAAGAAGGAGAGGAAGCUCAAAGAGUACGAGAGUAGGCUCAAGGUCAAAGCGAUGGAACAGGGGUUAUCACUGGACGAACUCACCGCACAAGCCAGACAAAAGUCAGAGGCCGCAGCAAGAGCACGGGUCGAUGCCGCCAAAGCUGCUGCUGAUUCCUUCGCGGCAUCUCAGCAAGGGCAGGAGAGCGAAUUCACAUCUAGCAAUGGCAACGAGUCUUUGGAGCAGAGAGAUGCUCGAUUGGCGGCAGAGAUCAGAGCUCGAGCGGAGGCUGAAGCGAAGCGGAAAUUGGAGAGUGGAGAUGUUGGCAGCGGACCUGGAGGCAGCGGUGUCAAGCCACUCUCGUCCAUCAUCGCACUGGAGAAGCUGAUAGAAGCGGACCCUGGCAAGAUUGGAGAGCUGUGGACGAGCUAUCACACGCUCAAGAACAAGCUCUCAGCAGUCGUACCUUCGCACAUGUACUCUGCCAUGGUGGAGCGGGGACAGAAGUACAAGCAAUUCGUCCUUCCGCUCCCUCGCAAGAUCAGCGUCUCACCGGAGACGGAUGACGUGCAAGGAGAGUCAGAAAAGCAGGGCUACGAAAUGUACCUCUGCGAGUGGGCCACCUUGCCUCCUCCACCCAAGCCCCCCGUGGCGCAAGGGGCAGCACCAGAAGCUGCAGCCUCUCCUCUGCGUCCAGCUACGGUGCUCUUCACACCACUGGCCGAGUAUCAGCUGCGCCAGGAAUACGCACAGCCAGUGCUAGUGGUCACCUACUACACUGAUCUUUCCUCUUCAAAGGGGGUAGUCCUCAUGCGCGGCGAAGUGACAGAAGCGUCCAAUGCCGAAGCAGCUCCAACAGGUUUCCAGGCCGCAGCAGCGGCAGCGGCGCGAGGAGCGAGCGAGGCAGAGCAAGAGAAGCUGACAGCUCCAUUGCAAAGCGAAGCCAAGCUGAGCCAACAAGAUGCUCAGCUGCUCAUCAUGAGCUUGCAGAGGUUCUACCUGCCUGCUGUAGCCAAUGCAAGCGGUGCACAGGAACGUGAAGAGCUGCUGCAGACUUUCCACAGAGAGCCGGAGAAGUUUGACGUUGAUCGAUUGUGCAAGCUGGCCUUUGCCCUCGUGUAGAUAGACCCUCCUCUGACAGUGCGUCACUCAUCCAUUAGCAUACAAUAGCAUCUAGAUGAGCGGAUUCAACUUGCGCGUCGAUGUCUUCAUCACUCUCUUCUC